AUGAGGGAAUACAAGGGGGUUAUAGCUCUGUUGGAAAAAGAUUUGCGUAGAGUUUAUUAUGAUCAGGAUCAUGAUAUCUCGUAUGAUUUUAAAGAAUGUGCUGGUGUUGUCCUUUCUCAGUUCCAAAGAGCCAAUGGUAAAAUUGAUCAACCUGAUAAACAGCUGUAUGAAGAUCUUUUCAUCCUUUAUUACAAGGGCACUGAUGUUCUGGUUGAUCCUGCGAUCUUGAGGAGAUUAGUUGAAACCUUAGAACUAAAUGAUGCGGUCUACAUUGAAAUUGAAUCACAAGCACUAAAUGAAAUGGUUAUCAACUCUGGGGGAGAUCCCCUGGAGAAAAUAGAAAAAAUAGAAAAAAUGUUAAUGGUACUAAAACUCAUCAAAGAUUUUGUGAAAGGUGGGAAUCAAAGUUUGGAUAAAUCUUUAACUGAAAGUCCACUUGUUGAUAUUUCUGCACGACAAGGAAUAAUUGAGACAAAUUACGAUAAUAAAGCUACACCCAACGAAUUCCUAUGUCCGAUAUCGCUUCAGUUGAUGCAGGAUCCUGUUAUUAUUGCAUCUGGGCAGCAACUCAAAUCAAACGGUCUGCGUCAACAACAUACUGGUGCUGGUGAGAUUUCGCUUCUGUCAAGAAGAAACUCUGAGAUCCGAGCAGCCAUUGCCGAGGCUGGUGCAAUCCCAGUACUCUUGCAACUUCUGGAGAAGAAAACAAGGGAUCCACUCACGCAAGAAUAUGCAUUGAUAUCUCUUCUUAACCUCUCUCUCUGUGAUGCAAACAAAAGGUGUAUAGUUUCUAAUGAGGGAAUCCCCAUUAUCAUUCAGGUCAUGAAGAGCGGUUCAGUCGAAAACCGUGAACAUGGUGCAGCGAUCCUUUUCAGCCUUGCUGUGAACGAUGAUAGGAGGGGUCAAAAGGACGCCUCAAAUGCGCUGUAUAACUUGUUCUUGUAUAAGAGCAACAUAGCUAAGGCUUUGAGAGACGGCAUUGUUACCGAACUGAUGAUUCAUAUUAGAGAGCCACAAGGGCGUAUGAAGGAUGAAGCUCUCGUUCUUUUAGACAUGAUCAAGAGGCAUCAUGAUGCUGCAGAUGUUUUAGAUGCAGAAGACCCGGUUUAUGACCUGGUAAAUGUUGUAUGGACUGGAUCCCUCUUGAACCAAGAGAAUGCAGCAUCAGUUUUGCUGCAGCUUUGUUCUAAACAUCCAAAGCAUAUAGAUGAUGCAAAAAAAUUUGGAGUAGAACGGUAUUUAGUGAAUCUGAAAGAUUAUGGUUCUGAUAGAGGGAAGAAAAAGGCGAGACAGUUGCUGGAGAUGAUAACCGCACACACCAAGCAAAGGAAGCGGGCGAGGACAGAAACAAAUGUUGGGUCGGGGUCAGGGUCUAGCCGGGCACAAAGAAUGCGCAAUAUGUGA